AUGUCGGGAGUGGUUCGCACCCUGAGCCGCUGCCUGCUGCCGGCCGACGCUGGCCGAGACGCUGGCGGCAGCAAGGAGAACCGCCGGGGCAGGGACGCCGCGCAGGAGAGGGAGGCUCGUCGGAGGAGCCGAGAAAUCGACGCCAUGCUAGCCCGAGAGAGGAGAGCCGUGAGGCGGCUGGUGAAGAUCCUGCUGCUCGGGGCCGGAGAGAGCGGAAAGUCGACUUUUCUUAAGCAGAUGCGCAUCAUUAACGGGCAGGAAUUUGACAAGAAAGCCCUUCUGGACUUCAGGGACACUAUUUAUGAAAAUAUACUGAAGGGCAUGCGCGUGCUGGUGGAUGCCCGUGACAAGCUUGGCAUCAGCUGGCAGAGCUGCGAGAAUGAGAAGCAAGGCAUGCUGGUGAUGUCGUGGGAGGGACGGGCAGGCGCCGUGGGUGUUGAGCCCAGUGAGUUCCAGCUGUACGUGAUGGCACUGAGCGCGCUGUGGUCCGAUGCCAGUAUCCAGCAGGCUUACGCAAGGCGCUCCGAGUUCCAGCUGAGUGAGUCGGUCAAAUACUUCCUGGAUAACCUGGAGCGCAUUGGUCAGCUGAGCUACAGCCCAAGCAGGCAGGACAUUCUGUUCGCCAGGAAGGCCACCAAGGGCAUUGUUGAGCACGACUUUGUCAUCAAGAAGAUCCCUUUCAAAAUGGUAGACGUGGGCGGGCAGCGUUCGCAAAGGCAGAAGUGGUUCCAGUGCUUCGAUGGAAUCACCUCUAUCCUCUUCAUGGUGUCGUCGUCCGAGUACGACCAGGUCUUAAUGGAAGAUCGGCGCACCAACCGCCUGGUGGAGAGCAUGAACAUCUUUGAGACCAUUGUCAACAACAAGCUCUUCCUCAACGUCUCUAUCAUCCUCUUCCUCAACAAGACCGACCUGCUGGUGGACAAGAUCCGGACCGCCGACAUCCGCAAGAACUUCCCUGAGUUUAGGGGGAACCCGCGCAGGCUGGAGGACGUGCAGGCGUUUCUAGUGCAGUCGUUCAGCCGUAAAAGGAGAAACCGAGGCAAGCCGCUGUUCCACCACUUCACCACUGCUGUGGACACAGAAAACAUCCGCUUUGUCUUUCACGCAGUCAAGGACACCAUCCUGCAGGAGAACCUCAAGGACAUCAUGCUGCAGUAA